AUGGAUGGAAACAAAAUGGCGAAAUUUCUGUUGUUGCUGAUAGCUGUUGACCUGCUGUUGUUUUCGUCGACUGAGGGUAAACCAUGGUGGAAACGUCGACGUUCAAGUCGUAGGCGCUGCUCUUCUUCCAGGCCAGGAGGAGUCGCUUGGGUGAACCAGUGGCAACAACCUUUCUCCUACUAUUGCAGUAGCAGUAAGCCAGUUGCUGUACAUAUAAACUGAGAGAGAGAGAGAGAAUCAUUAAAUGAUUAUCCUUUCUUUGACGCUGCUUGCCUGUAAAGAUCCAACUCACUCGCUUCCCCUGUAUGUAAUACACAUACCCCGAAGCAUUUGCUGCAACUUUUCAACUAGAUUCCUGUGUAUAUACAGUCUUCAUCUGUGGAUUGGAAUAUUAUUUUUCUCUUUCUUUUCCUUUCUCCCGACAGACAGAUUCGUUUGUUAAGCGAACCUAUGAUUCUCUCAAGCUCGGACAAAGUGAUGGAUAAAUAUUUCAAUAUUCCUUUAUUUUUUUUGCAAUCUCGCAUUCAUUAGCUAACUGACUAACACACUAAUUAUGUAGACGCAUGCUCUUAAAAGUAAAAUAGAUGGAAUAGAAAGAAUAGGAUGACAAAUUGUCCAGUACAAUUGAACAAGUUUUUAACUGCUUUUUAUUGGCUUGUUCCAUUUCUUGUUUGUGUAAUGUUUAGGCUAUUUUUUGAACUUUUGGCAAAGUCAGCAUCGCAACUGCAAAGAAGACCGCAUCCAUUACUUCCGAUGUGGGUAUGGUCCAGCGCCAUACAGUGCGAGCAACUGCUUUUGGACAUACACUGUAAAUAGCUUUGACGGGCCAGUGAACUUCAAAUGCCCCUACAAUGGCUUCAUUACUGGAGUGGCAAGUGAUUCUUACAGCGGCCAUCACAAAGACCGCACGUAAACAUCAUUCCACUACUAAAAUCCUACGCUUUAUCAGAGGGAAGUCGUUACGUCAUUUUGCCAUGUUAGCAAAGAAUUCUGGAUCUCAGCAAAACCGUGGUCUUGCAAAUAUGGCAGAACAAAACGAAAAAAAAGAUUGACAUGACUUGUGUGAGUUUCCCGUGCAUGAUUUUGUCACUCAGGAUCAAAACGGUAGCCCCCUUUUCUUUCAUCUUUCAUCGUUUGACAAUGUAAAUGGCUUUCUUUGAAAAGAAAGAUUGAGAUCCAGAAAUUUUCCUACCAUGGUAACGUGACGUCACACUUCUACUUUCAGCUUACAAGUGUUAAAUGCACAGUCCAGGAAAAUGCAAAGAUUUAAUUUUAUCAACACAGUUGAUAAAACCAACUCUUUGUCUGUCUUUCACUCCCUCACCGACGUAGCACCACAGCUUCAUUAGAAACUAACCCUUUAUUCAUCGGUCCAGAGACAAAAGCCAUUCACCUUUCUCAGUUCUCCUCUGAAGAUGAGAGGUGGUUAAAAUUGUCAUCACAGUUAAGUUGUUUUGUUUCGUGGUAAAAGCAUUUACACUAAUACACUGCAUGUACAACCCGAAAGUAAGAGCCAUUAAGUAACCCAAGGCGGACCUAAUAAUAGCUUCUGCAAACAAUGUCACUAUCAGUUGUUCAGUUCAUUUUUUUUCUUUCUGGGUUUCCAACGACAGGUUUCGGUUCCGCUGCUGUGAUAUAAAGGGAUAUUUAAAGCACAGUUGCCAUCACACUCUAUAUCAGAACAACUGGGACCAGGAAUUGAAGUACUCUGUUCCCUAUGGAUUCUAUCUGUCUGGAGUGGAGAGUUAUCACGAUAACCAUCGCGAGUAAGUGUUGAGAUAACUUGCAUAGUCCCUGGAAGCUAAAGGUGCACAGAAUUAAAAAAAAAACCUCUUCUGCAACUACGCCGGGCUCCCACAUAUUUGUACAAGCUCCAACGCCGCAUCACGCGUACCAGGGAAACUGCUGAAUUGUGGGAUGAAUAUGUUGAAAGAGAAGCUGAACUUCAGCAUGGUUUUUAAAGGAUCUUUAUCUUUGCAAAUACGAAAGACAACCUCAAAAUGUUAGUUUAAUUAGUAUAAACGACGUCAAAGGGGAAGAAACAGAAUUUUCUUCGGGUUUGCAUAGCCUGAGAUACGCACGACAGAGUGUUACUUAUUCUUACUAAAAAUGUCGACUUAAGCCAUAAACUAAAAGCUGUUUGGCGAAGAUUUUAAAAGCUUCAACCGUCGAAGAAAUGGGUAAAUAAGGCCACAACGUGUAGAUCUUUAAGUUAAAAACGUUUUUCAUAAUCGUGGCUUAACGUGUGCACAGUGUUUACAUUCUCUCACGCAUUCUCUCUCACCAAAAAGGCGGCCAAUCAAAGAAAGCCACGACACACUGACAGUUCCUUUAGUUCACCACCACGUCAAAUGUUCCACAAUUGAAAGUUAAUUGCUCGUGAGUGCCCCAUUUUACAUUUUCAUAUUAAUUUUUUCUAUUCAGGGAUCGCCGCUGGAAGUUUGA